AAAGCAAACCCUGAAUUUCUAGAACUUCUUUCAGUUUUUUCUUUGGUUCUGGUAACAUUAGAAAUCGCUCAUCUAUAUCAAAGCAAAAUGGAGAAACCAGAGGAAGAAGAUGAGAUUAAGGAACUGGUAGGGCUUGUGAGAAUCCAAGUGAAGAGAGGGAUCAAUCUUGCUCGUCGAGACGCUUUUAGCAGCGACCCUUUUGUCGUCAUAACCAUGGGAUCACAGAAGCUGAAAUCUUUUACUGUGAAAAAUAACUGCAACCCAGAGUGGAACGAAGAGUUGACCCUUGCGAUCGAAAAUCCCAAUGAACCUGUGAAUCUGAUGGUGUAUGAUAAAGAUACAUUUACAUCAGACGACAAGAUGGGAGAUGCGGAGAUAGAUAUGAAACCGUUCCUAGAGAUUCACAAAAUGGGUUUGCAACAACUUCCAGACGGAACAGAGAUCAAGAGAAUUGUACCAACCAGAGACAACUGCUUGGCUGAAGAUAGCAGAAUCGUCUCCGAUAACGGCAAGAUCGUACAGGACAUGAUUCUUGUGUUGAAAAAUGUCGAAUGCGGCAAGAUCGAGAUCCAGCUUGAAUGGAUUAAAAAUCCAGGUGGUAGUGGACUCUGAAAAAACAGAGAUAAAGUAUCUUUAUGAUUCUCUACUCUGUAUGUGUGUAAUAAAAAAAUCUCAGUUCA